UCUGCUGCAAGCCAGUCAGCUCAGUAAUUGAAGUCACUUUAGCUGUAAUGGAGAAGUAUGAAAAACUAGCUAAGAUCGGAGAAGGGUCUUGCGGGGUCGUGUUCAAAUGCAGAAACAAAGCAUCCGGGCAAAUAGUAGCUGUUAAGAAGUUUGUGGAGUCUGAAGAUGACCCCGUUGUUAAGAAAGUAGCUCUAAGAGAAAUCCGCAUGUUGAAGCAGUUAAAACACCCAAACCUCGUGAACCUCAUUGAGGUGUUCAGGAGAAAAAGGAAAAUGCAUUUAGUUUUUGAGUACUGUGACCACACACUUUUAAAUGAGCUGGAAAGGAACCCAUGCGGAAUCGCUGACGGAAUGAUCAAAAGUGUGUUAUGGCAAACACUUCAAGCUCUCAAUUUCUGUCACAAACAUAACUGUAUUCACAGAGACGUAAAACCUGAAAACAUCCUGAUAACCAGGCAAGGAAUGAUCAAGAUCUGUGACUUUGGAUUUGCACGGGUUCUCAUUCCAGGAGAUGCCUACACCGACUACGUUGCCACCAGGUGGUACCGAGCUCCGGAGCUUCUGGUGGGAGACACGAAGUACGGCUCCUCGGUGGAUAUCUGGGCUGUGGGCUGCGUCUUUGCAGAACUCCUGACGGGUCAACCCCUCUGGCCUGGAAAGUCUGAUGUGGACCAGCUUUAUCUGAUCAUCAGAACACUGGGAAGACUAAUCCCAAGGCAUCGAUCUAUCUUCAGAAGUAACCAGUUUUUCCAUGGCAUCAGUAUGCCUGAACCAGAAGACAUGGAAACUCUUGAAGAAAAGUUUCCAAAUGCUCAUCCCACGGCUUUGAGUUUCAUGAAGGGAUGUCUGAAGAUGAACCCAGAUGAUAGAUUAACCUGUGCCCAGCUCCUGGAGAGCCCCUACUUGGAUUCCUUCAGAGAGGGUCAAAUGAAAAGAAAAGCACGCAGUGAAGGAAGGAGCAAAAGACGUCAGCAGAAUCAACUGUUGCCUCUCAUACCAGGAAGUCACAUGUCCCCCACACCUGAUGGAAGAAAACAAGUCCUCCAGUUAAAAUUCGACCAUCUUCCAAACAUUUAGGAACGAAGUGUUCUCUCAAGUGCAAAGUCAUUUAAUAUGGACAUAUUUUUGUACCAGCUAGGAGGAAUUCUCAGUGGUUCAGAUGUAAAUGGGCCAUAUGAACAUUAAGAUACCUUCUCUAACGGUUUUGCUCUCAUCACUGCUGAUUCCCUGUGCUUUUUCCCCUGCCAAUUUUGUCUUUUAGAACAUUUUCCUUAGAUUUUCCAAGGCCUGACUUGUACAUAUGGAGGAGAUGUGUUCAGUUUCACCCGGGCAGAGCCUCCUUGAGCAGUUGUUCUGGGAAUUUGUGAACUUAUUCUUUGAUUUAUGACAAAGAUUUACAUAUAUCAUCUUCCUUCUGCUAACCACAUAGUGCCUUCAAGCAAUACCCAGUUUGCCUCAGUGCUCAUUGCAUAGGGAAUGACGUUACCCACGCACAGAGAAGUUCACUCCCAUUGUUACCAGCCUGUUGAGCAAUGCUGUGAUUUUAUUCCCUGCUGUUAUCUUGCUCUAGGAAGGUUGUCUGGGAUUACCUCUGGAUUGCAAAAGUUUUAGGAGACAUCAAUGAUUCUGGUUCUUUCUUUCCUUCUUUUUUUUUCUUUCUUUCUUUCU